AGAAGGAAAAACGAAGACUUGACCCGGUUAACAGCGUCCUUCUCUUUGCUUCAGGUCCUGAAAUAUCAAAAACCAUCAAACUCAUAUCCGAUCAUCAAUCCAUUCUCAAGGGAAAAAAGAUUUUCAUCAUUCAAUCAACCAAAACUGGGAUCAUCUUCUGUAGAAAAGUAGUUGUCUUUGUCCAUCUAUAGGGUUUAAAACACAGAGAAAGAGAGAUGGAGAAGGUGAUGAAUAUCAUAAAGCCAAAGCCAAACCCACAACAGCAGCUGAGAGAUUGGCAGCGUAGACUUCGCCAAGAGUGCCGCAACAUUGAACGCCAGAUCCGAGAUAUCCAGAGAGAAGAAAGAAACGUACAGAAAGCUAUUAAGGAUGCUGCCAAGAGAAACGACAUGGGCUCUGCCAAGGCACUUGCUAAAGAAAUUGUGCAGUCAAGAAAAACAGUUAAUCGUCUUCAUGAAAAUAAGGCACAACUGAAUUCAAUAUCAAUGCACCUUGGAGAAAGUGUUGCAAUUGCUCGUACAGUUGGACAUCUGUCCAAAAGUGCUGAGGUCAUGAAACUCGUCAAUAAUCUCAUGAAGGCUCCAGAGGUGGCUGUCACAAUGCAAGAAUUCAGUAAAGAAAUGACCAAGGCCGGAGUAAUUGAGGAAUUUGUGAAUGAUGCUGUUGAUACAGCACUUGAUUCUGAGGAUAUAGAAGAGGAGAUAGAAGAAGAAGUUGAUAAGGUAUUGACUGCAAUAGCAGGUGAGACUGCUGCAGAGCUACCAGAGGCAGUCAGGAGGGAAAGAGUUAAGCAGCCUGCUCAGAGAGCAGGACCUGCCCAAGAGCAAGAAGCCAUACCUGAAGGGGUUGAUGAUGAGGAAGAACUAGAAGAAUUAAGGGCCCGACUUGCGAAAGUCAGGUCCUAACUUGCGCUACUCGGUUUUAUCUUUUCCCUUUGCAUGAGAGAAGGGGUGAGUAUGUUAACUUGUAUAUCCAACGAUGUUGGAUUAACAGUGCUGAAGUAACAUUGAGAAUGAGAUAAAGAAAAAUGCCUGUAUGAUAAUGAAAGCAGCAUUUUAUGUAGACUAACAAGCUAUAUUUGUGCAAUAUCUUAGCUGAAAACAUUGUUAUUGAUUUCAGAAAGUUAUUGAUUAGCUUUUCCCCUGGUA